CUCCCCGUUUUCGUCACGGACGUAUGUAAGCACGGCAGCUCCAAGAGCUCCUGAGACGGCAGGGACGGGAACCGCUAUUCUCUCUCUCCCUCUCUUUCCAUAUCUCAUUUCUCUGUGUUAUCCUGCCCCUUGGAGAAAGAAAAAAACAACUCUCUAUAUAAAUAUAUAUCAGAGGGAGGUAGCCGAAUCGUCACCGGCUAGAAACUCCGAUGGAUUAGUUUUAAAUAACCCCUCCCGACACCUCCCACCUCCUCUCCGAACCUAGAGAAUGGGCUGCGUCCAAUGUAAGGAUAAAGACGCAGCAAAACUCACAGACGAGCGCGACGCCAGCCUCUCGCACCACCCGGGCUACCGUUAUGGCGCCGACCCCACGCCGCAGCACUACCCCCCCAGCUUCGGGGUCACCAGCAUCCCCAAUUACAACAACUUCCACGGCGCAGGCGGAGCUACGCAGGGGGUAACCGUCUUCGGAGGCGUGCACACGUCCUCGCAGUCCGGCACGCUGCGCUCCCGCGGAGGAACAGGGGUGACGCUGUUCGUGGCUCUGUACGACUACGAAGCUCGCACCGACGAUGACCUCAGCUUCAGGAAAGGGGAGAGGUUCCAGAUCCUCAACAGCACAGAGGGUGACUGGUGGGAGGCCCGUUCCCUUACCACAGGUGGAACUGGUUACAUUCCCAGUAAUUACGUCGCUCCGGUGGACUCCAUCCAAGCCGAAGACUGGUAUUUUGGUAAACUGGGCCGGAAGGAUGCCGAGCGACAGCUGUUGUCCAACAGCAACGCCAGAGGCACCUUUCUCAUCCGGGAAAGCGAAACAACCAAAGGGGCUUACUCCCUCUCCAUCCAGGACUGGGACGACAUCAAGGGAGACCAUGUCAAACACUACAAGAUUCGCAAACUGGACAGCGGCGGUUACUACAUCACCACCAGAGCCCAGUUCGAGACACUCCAGCAACUUGUACACCACUAUUCCGGUGAGUUUUCGCCAAGAGUCUACGUUUGGAUCGACGCCACAUCGUACGGCACAUCACAGAUGCGCGUCUCCUUCGUGUCUCCCGCAGCGAGGGCGGCGGGGCUGUGCUGCCGGCUGAUCGUGCCCUGCCACAAGGGCAUGCCCCGUCUGACCGACCUGUCCGUCAAAACCAAAGACGUGUGGGAGAUCCCGCGGGAGUCGCUGCAGCUCAUCAAGCGACUCGGCAAUGGGCAGUUCGGGGAGGUCUGGAUGGGCACGUGGAACGGCACCACCAAGGUGGCGGUGAAGACCUUGAAGCCGGGCACCAUGUCGCCAGAGUCCUUCCUGGAGGAGGCGCAGAUCAUGAAGAAGUUGCGGCACGAUAAACUGGUGCAGCUGUAUGCCGUGGUUUCCGAGGAGCCCAUCUACAUCGUCACCGAGUACAUGAAUAAAGGGAGUUUGCUCGACUUCCUCAAAGACGGAGAAGGGCGGGGCCUGAAACUUCCGAAUCUGGUGGACAUGGCGGCUCAGGUGGCAGCCGGCAUGGCGUACAUCGAAAGGAUGAACUACAUCCACAGGGAUCUGCGCUCUGCCAACAUCCUGGUCGGAGACAGUCUGGUGUGUAAGAUUGCUGACUUUGGUCUGGCCAGGCUCAUUGAGGACAACGAGUACACAGCGAGACAAGGUGCAAAGUUUCCAAUUAAGUGGACUGCACCCGAGGCGGCUUUGUACGGGAAGUUCACCAUCAAGUCCGACGUGUGGUCCUUCGGCAUCUUGCUGACAGAGCUUGUGACCAAAGGCCGGGUGCCCUAUCCAGGCAUGAACAAUCGCGAAGUGCUGGAGCAGGUGGAGCGGGGCUACCGCAUGCCGUGCCCACAGGACUGCCCCACAUCGCUCCACGAGCUCAUGGUGCAGUGCUGGAAGAAAGACCCCGAGGAGAGGCCCACCUUUGAGUACCUGCAGGCCUUUUUGGAGGACUACUUCACUGCCACCGAGCCUCAGUACCAGCCGGGGGAUAAUCUCUGAGUGGCUUUUCCCAACUGUCCAGCAGAGGGAGCCACAUACCCUGCUAUCCUCUUUCUUGCACCCAGGUGACAAAAAAAAAAAAGUUGGUCUCCCAAACUCUUCCAAGCCACCAACACGCACACCACACACACACACACACACACACACACACACACAUACAGAAAGGCAAGAUGACUGUAAGGAGGGACAUGGGCCUGCAAUGGAUGCAAAAAGACGACGGUGAGCUGUGUAACUUGUACAUAGUGUAAAUACAAAAAUUGCUUGUUUACUUCUUUCUGUUGGUUCCAUUCGACAUUCUACUUUUUGAUAUUUUUGGAAGCAGUUAAUUUAAGGUGCAUUGUAGGAAAGCUUGUAGGUAGACUGAAAAGAUCAAUUAAGGAGCUUGCCCACGUUCCUCCAUUUUGUUUUUUUUUCUUCUUUUUUUUGUGUCGAAUCAUCAGAAUGAUGCGCAAAUGUUAACGCCUUGAGGUUGACAAUUUAAUGUCACCAUCCUGUGUAGGAUUCCUACUUUCAAUUCGGGCAUAUUUCCUUGUAGGAGUGCAUGUGAGACUAUGUUCAUGCUGCAGGGCACGAUGGCCAAUUAGGAUCUAUUUAUUUUAUUUAUUUAUUUUUCUUCAAUUCAAACUUUGUAUGUACUCGUUCACAUUACAAAAACAAAUGCGACAUCGAGUGACACACACACACGCAAAAACAACAACAACAACAACAAAACGAUGAUCACAGCGUUGACGGAAGUUAAUAAAAUCAUGCGCAUCGUGGCUCAUUUGAGAAUGACAGAUGAACACACCCGGAGCAAGUAUACCUAUACGUACGAAGAGGCCGUGGUCGGAUUUGAAAAAAAUAAAAAUAAAUCAUAAUUGUAGUCUUCACAUCACAUGAAAAAAAAUGUGAUACAGAUCUCACAUGGGCCAAAAAUGGGAAUAACCUGCAGUUUGAACAUAGUCUAUGUACGAGCCCUGGAAUUCACUCAUAAUGGCUGCUUCAAACAAGUCAACUUUUUUUUGUGCGUCCUGACGUGUCCACCCAAUUUGUUUCAGUUUUUUUUCUUUCUUUUUUUUUUUUAACUUUCAACCAGCACUACUGAAUGAGUUUUUGGAGGUCUUGUUUGAAACACCUAAAAUAUUACCACCACUUUCAAUAGAACGAUCACGCUUGGCUAAAUUGUUCAGCUUUGCGACACCCCUUCCUAGCUGCGCGGGUAAUGUGGUUAAACCAUAGCUCGGGUUUAGGUUUUGGAGCACCGUUUUUGAAGGAGCCACCAAAUCCAGGAUGGCACGGCAUGACGAGUCGAACCAAGAUGUGAGUUCCUCUGUGUUAGACGAGGGUACGCCAAAGGUUAUUAAAGGCAUAAGAGAAACCACUAGCAGUGCGAGGGUUAAAAAUUCGGCGUUUACAACUAGGAGCGCCAGAUUUCACAGCACCGUGCGAUAAGACUACGUCAAAUAAAACUGCCAUGUGAUCAGAAAUCCCAUUUUCAAGGACUUCCAGAUUUGACACCGGUAGACCAUGAGCAAGGACAAGGUCUAAAAUAUGUCCUUGUUCAUGUGUCGGGCUGGUCACAUACUGUACAAAAUUAAAAGAGUCGAUAAGUCUUUUGCUAGCGUUUUUCCAAUAUUAAAAUCCCCCAUUAGGAGGAUAUGAUCAUAACUCAGCCUGAUUUCCGCAAGAAAGGUUGAAAAGUCGCUUUAAAAGUCUUUGUUGUAUUUAGGAGGACGGUAAAUGACAGCACAAGGCACCGGGAAAACACGACCAACUUCAAAGAAGGUUGCUUCAAAGCUGGUGGCCGAUGUGGUGAAUGUGCACCGUUUACAUUUGAAAUCGUUACCUCCACCACGGCCUGGUGUCCUCUGGGUAUCAAGGAAACCACAGUCGGGUGGCAACAAUUCAAUCAAAGCGUUGUACUCACCAGUAACUGCCCAAGUCUCCGUCAGACACAGAAAAUCCAAGUCAUUGGAAAGGAGUAUUUCCUUUCCGAUGAUUUGGAUUUUCCAAUUACAGACUUUGUCUUUUUUUUUUUUUAAGUCUCUUGCAACUAAUUUGUUGGUCCACUCACGAUAGAUAUGCCCACCAAAUUUUACAUUGUGAAAUCAAACUGGCUUGAGGGGCUGAAAUUUUAAAGACAAGUCUGUUUUGGAGGGACCCCCUUGAAACAGUCCGAAUGAAGUGGACACUUUGAACCAAAAUGGCAGACUUCAUGUAUCUCUUCAGGCGUGGGUUCUUUGGAGUUUUUUUUUUUUCUGGUAUGCCUACCAAAUUCCAUGCUAUGAAUUGAAAUCUGCUUUGGCGGCUGAAUUUGAUGGGGAGUUUGUAUUUGAAGUACCCCCAAAGUGGCUCAUUUGAGCCAAAAUGGCGGACUCCAGUGUGUUGGUUUUGUUUUUUUUUGUUUUUCUGGCAGGGCUUCUUGACACUUUUACUGUAAAUGGGUCUUCUCAUGCCAGACAUGCCUUCCAUAUUUCACGUUGCUCUGACAACGGCUUUUGGGACUGAAUUUUCCAACUCUGUAAACCCAGUCUAUUCAAGAAGGACUCCUGGAAACGACCCAAAAUGGCCGCUUCAAGCCAUAGGGUGGACUUCCUGUUUCUUUUCAGCCAUGACUUCUUUGAGAGUCUUUUGUGGGGCGACUCACAAUAGAAAUGGCUAUCAAAUGUCACGUUGCUGAGUAAAACCGGCUUUGAAGGGCAACGUUUUCUUUGUAUUGUUUUCUACUAAGUUCAUUGAAUAUUAACAUGACCGCUACAUGUACUAUCGCUAAUACUGCUCCUUUUCAUUUUUCUCAAAGGAACUCCGAUGUACUUAUAAUACCUGUUCUUGCCUUUUCUCCUCUUGUGUAAGACUCUCCUAUCGUAAAAGCAGGGUUUCCUCAAACUGGAUGCAUUCCAUAAUUACAUCGCAAUCAAAGACACUGUGUGCUUGCUUGUUGAUCAAUGAAUUGCCCGAUGCCAGUUUGGGAAACCCUGCUGCAAGGAAAUGUCUUCUACUAAUUGCCUAGUGAACUCUUCCGCCCUGCCUCGCCACAAAGUGCAAAUUCAAGCACUUGAGCGGCCAUGCAAACAAGCAAAGAAAUGUUUUGUUUUGUUUUUUGUAGCUGCCACUUAGAGAAUGCCAAACAUGUGUUCGAGACCAAACACGUUUCCAUCCUUUCAGAGCAUUGAUGCCUCCAGCGCUUGGGAGCAUUCCAUGUCAACCUUUCCCGUGCGUGUCUUUUACCUUGUUUUACUGUAUCUGUCGUUAUAAUUUAUUGUCUUAUGAUCUGUACAUGGUUUGAAAUUAAACACAAACACACACAAAAGAAAAAAAAAAAAAGAAUUGCCAUGUAGCAUUUUGUUACGUCCUCUUUUGCAAAACCGCUGCGGAAAUGUCAGCGGUGUGUGUGUGUGCGCUCCAGCCGUUUUGUUUUCUUCCCCUCUGGGCUUCAUGUCAAUCACUUAAAGCCAAAAUGACUGAACUGUAUGCAAAUCAGCAACUACGGCGUGUCCAUAAGCCACAAAAACAAGGACGGAUAGCGUUUCGUUGACUGUCAUGGCUGAACGUAGUUUUUAAUCGAUGAAUUGUUUGUAUUGCGCAAAGGAGA